GGGGACCAGCCCCACGGGGGGCGAUGCGGUAGCUGCAGCAGCGGCCGCAGGAGUUUCCCACAAUGCAGCGCGGCGCGCUGUCCCCGGUGCUGAUGCUCAGCGCUGCCCCGGAGCCUCCGCCGCGCCCGCCUCCCGGAACGAGCCCUGCGGCCCGCAGCCCAGCGUGCGGCGGGGGCGGGUCUUGCGCCGAAUGGAGGGCGCCCAUUGCUCAAAUCGGCAAGGGGCGGAACCCAGAGCAAGACGGCGCUCGCCUGUUGGCUGGGCGGGGCGACUCACGUGGGGCCGAAGAGCGCGAAGCUGAGGCAAGGCCGCAGUUCUUCCCGGCAGCCGAGUGUGGGGCUAAGGGGCGUCUGCGGUCCCCGAUCCACGAGGGUCGCUCCCUCCUGCUCAGCGCGGUCCCCCUUCGGGGCCUGGGCGCGGCGCUCGACAGCAGCCUGCGGGCCGCCGUGGCGUUCAAGGCGGAGGGCCAGCGCUGCUACCGAGAGAAGAAGUUCCGGGAAGCCAUCGGCAAGUAUCAUCGGGCACUGCUGCAGCUGAAGGCGGCGCAGGGGGCCCGCCCUGGAGGCCUGCCCGCCCCCGCCCCCGGGCCCGCCACCAGCCCGGGGCCAGCCCGCCUCAGCGAGGAGCAGCGGCGCCUGGUGGAGAACACGGAGGUGGAAUGUUAUGACUCUCUCACGGCCUGCCUGCUGCAGUCGGAGCUGGUGAACUACGAGCGCGUGCGCGAGUACUGUCUCAAGGUGCUGGAGAAGCAGCAGGGCAACUUCAAGGCCACCUACCGCGCCGGCAUCGCCUUCUACCACCUGGGUGACUAUGCGCGCGCGCUGCGCUACCUGCAGGAGGCCCGCAGCCGGGAGCCCACAGACACCAACGUCCUGCGCUACAUCCAGCUGACUCAGCUGAAGAUGAACCGGUGCAGCCUCCAGCGGGAUGACAGUGGGGCCCAGGCCGGCACUCGGGAUGUCGUUGGCUGAGGCUGACCUAGGGGGACAGUCCCCACCUCCACUCGCUCCCCCCUCACCGUGUAACUUCCCCUGACUCGUGUGUUUGCUGGUAAAGUACUCGUCACUGGUG